GGACAGCUGCAAGGAUCUGAACUGGGAGACUGAAACCCUCAUCCUAAACAACUUAGAGCUCAGAUUUCUUCUCUGGGCAGCUGGCUUUUUCGGUCCUUCUGAAAUAGUCUGCAAAGAUGGGGGAGGGCUGUCAGCUACAUCCGAUUUGGACCCUGUUUAAAGUCAGCUCCCCACUAGGUAUGUUCUGUAGAGACGAAAUGCAAUAGUCAAUACAGCGGAGAUGAGGGCGGUGAACGAGAGGCACACAAUUGCCCGCUCUCAUUUUAAAGGCCGGGGGCUCAUUCGUGACCAUACUGGAGGGCUGCCUGGAGUAGGCAGUGACUAGAGUCCUAGAAGCUGGAAUUGGAUAUCUGACUUGCCUGUCAUAUUUCGGUUCGCCCUCCCCUACUUGGCACCCUACACCCCACAUUCUUUCUAAUCCUCCUGCCCUCCCAACUCCCACACCCUACCCCCAUCAACGCUCCUGGAAUUUUGGACUUAGCUAUUUUUAAAACAGUCAACUCAGUAGCCACCUCCCUCCCCCGCUCAGCUGUCCAGUGCCCCAGCCAGCCAUAUACUCCCCCUUCCCCCCACACCAGCCCUUCUCUGGCUCCCUGACCUCACUGAGGUUGCAGCAGGCCUGGGGGCCUAGGGGAGACAUGGAGAAAGAGACGGGGGAUCCCCUGGCUGGAGCCGACCAACAGAGUAGGCAGUCAUGGCCGGAGAACGGGAUGUCAGAGUAAUGUUUGGCCUCUGGAAACAUCUCUUACAGGACGGCCAGCCAACGUCCACUAGGUAGGACAGCCAUCCGCUGGGAAGAGCUGGAGCCUGCGGGGACCUGGCUGGAUAGGUAUGGGGGAUCCUGGCCAGUGCCCUAGUCCCCGGGCCCCCCAUGGCAGUCCCCCGACUCUAAGCACCCUCACUCUCCUGCUGCUCCUCUGUGGAUAUGCUCACUCUCAGUGCAAGAUCCUGCGCUGCAAUGCGGAGUACGUGUCGUCCACCUUGAGCCUCCGAGGCGGGGGCUCCCCCGGGGCGCUCCGAGGGGCCGGCGGCGGGGGCCGGGGCGCCGGGGGCUCCAGCGGCCUCUGCCGGGCGCUGCGCUCCUACGCGCUGUGCACGCGGCGCACGGCGCGCACCUGCCGCGGGGACCUCGCCUUCCACUCGGCGGUGCACGGCAUCGAGGACCUGAUGAUCCAGCACAACUGCUCCCGCCAGGGCCCCACGGCCCCGCCCCCGGCCCGCGGCCCCGUCCUGCCCGGCGCCGGCCCCGCGCCCCCCUCGGGCCCCGCCGCCCCCGACCCCUGCGACUACGCGGGCCGCUUCGCCCGGCUGCACGGCCGGCCCCCCGGCUUCCUGCACUGCGCCUCCUUCGGGGACCCCCACGUGCGCAGCUUCCACCACCACUUCCACACGUGCCGGGUGCGGGGCGCGUGGCCGCUGCUGGACAACGACUUCCUCUUCGUCCAGGCCACCAGCUCCCCCGUGGCCCCCGGCGCCAACGCCACCGCCACCCGCAAGCUCACCAUCAUCUUUAAGAACAUGCAGGAGUGCAUCGACCAGAAGGUCUACCAGGCGGAGGUGGGCAACCUGCCCGCCGCCUUUGAAGACGGUUCGGUCAACGGCGGGGACCGGCCGGGGGGCUCCAGCCUCUCCAUCCGCACGGCGAGCCCCGGGAGCCACGUGGAGAUCCGGGCGGCCUACAUCGGCACCACGGUGGUCGUGCGGCAGGCGGCCGGGCAGCUCUCCUUCGCCAUCCGGGUGGCGGAGGACGUGGCCCGCGCCUUCUCGGCGGAGCAGGACCUGCAGCUCUGCGUGGGCGGGUGCCCCCCGAGCCAGCGGCUGUCCCCCGCCGAGCGCGGCCUCCGGGGGGCGCUGCCCGCGGACGCUGCCCGGCGGCUGUGCAAGGAGGGGCUGCCGGUGGAAGACGCCUACUUCCAUUCCUGCGUCUUCGACGUUCUCAUCUCUGGGGACCCCAACUUCACCGUGGCCGCGCGGGCUGCGCUGGAAGACGCCCGCGCUUUCCUGCCGGACCUCGAGAAGCUGCACCUCUUCCCCGCCGACGCCGGGGCCCCCCUGGCCCCCGCCGCGCUCCCAGCCCCGCUGCUUCCCGGCCUCUUGGUUCUGUGGCUUUUCGGUCAGUAACUAGGCCCUGAGCCCUGGGUUGGGCUGGACAUGACUUGGGGAUAGAGAUUGGCAGGGACGAGCAGAAAGAAUCGCUGAAGGACCCUGGCCGGUUUGGCUCAGUGGAUAGAGCAUCCGCCUGCGGACUGAAGGGUCCAGGGUUCGAUUCA